AUGAGUCGAUGUUGGUGUGUAGCCAGAUGUUAGCAGGGGAACGACGAUGCACAGCAUGGACAGGCACAUGACAUGCUCGUCAUCCGUACGUCGGCCUCGAGGACAGAGCAGGCGCGUAUGCAAGGAACCAGGGGCAUGUUUGUCGAGGGAUGCGUAAACGAGCGAACGUUCCCCAUGAUUGUUUCACACCAAUCACGAGUUCAUUUCCGGACCCUGACCUAUACCACUAUUACUACUCGAACCACUCACACUCACCUACACCUCGCAUGUGUCUCCCACGCUCCUUUACUGCCACCAGACACGUCGUUACCCGUUGACAGCGCCCACGAUUGGAUCCCACGCACAACACGCGCCGGCCCCUGCAGCAGCCAUCCCCGCCAUUUCGAUAUCACGGGCACCUUCCCUCCCUAGCCUAGAGCACCCGCAGUCAUCACAGGCGUUGGAGCGGGAACCUACAACAACACACGAAAUCGCACCAUGCGGCGGUAGCGACAUGGAGAAUAUCAUAUCCGACGGCUCGCCUCUUGCGCAGUUACUUGAAGGUCAAGGUACUGGGUCACCCGACAACUCCCCAUCCCAAUCCCCAUCGCAGUCCGCCUUCCCGCAGAGUUUCGCGCCCCGGGGCCCUUCGACGCUGCAAUCGCGGAUACGAGACAGGCUCCCACAGCCACUGCGCAUCCACGCCCGCCAUGGCUCCAUCGCCCGCAUACACACGGCAUGUUCGAAAGCCGUCAACUCUCGCAUUGGGCGCGCCGACAACGAGCGCUUUCUGGAGCAGUUCCGCUACCUCAUCGUCGCUUCCCAGCUCCUCGGCGAGCAGGGAGGCCUUCGCGCAUCCGCCAUUCCCAGCUUCGCGGCCAACGGACGCCCCGGCCCUCACGAAUUCAAGGUCGCAGCAAUAAACCCCGUCGGUGCGGCUUUCAUUGGCACGGCGACCUUCAUACUGGCAUGGCUGGUCCACUGGUCGCGACGCCAGCCUGCGUUCAGCAAGAGUAGGACCCUGCUGGUCAUUCUGGUUUUCGCUGCCAUUGCUACGGCCGGCUACACGUACCUGCGACGGCAAUGGCUGCAAUACCUGAGGCAGGAGGCAGUCAAGGGCGCGGCUGACCUGGUUGCAAACCUGCAGGCGUUCGAAGCCUCGACAUCAUCUGCCCUUGCAUUGAUCCAGGAAGUCGAGCUCGUCUCUCGCGGCUAUCGAUUGAGCAGCCCUUUGCCGCCCAUCUCGCGCAUCGAAGAGAAAGGACAGGCCCGCCGUUGCCAGCGACUGCGUCGGAACCUCCGCGCUGCAUAUGCCGACAUUGUCCCCAUUCUCGCCGAACAGUGCCGCAGUCUGAAGCAAUUGAUACAAGAAGAUGAUUUGGAAAAGUACCUCGACGUGUACGAAAUCAGCAAUCCGGACAUGCAGGAAGCCGCUUUGAGCUACAGCGAAUCCGAAUUCGAUGAUGCCGAAACGUUGAAAGCGCUGCGCAUUCUCCAAUAUCGAUUGUCUAUUCUCCGACGAGUGUACCUGUGCUCCCUUCUUGCUAUGGAGGCAGACGGCGGCAAGCCUGACUUUGCGCGAUGGUCGACAGUCGUGGACUCUAUGCUAAACACGGCUCGUCCUGUUGGAGAAUGGAGCGAGAAGUUCAAUCGCGUGCUCGCCGAGGAAGAGCAGUUCGUACUACCAUCGCCCGCCAAAGCUGCACCCACGCCUGGCCGAGAAAAGAUACGCAAUUCCGUGCGCAAACUAUCAGGCUUGUCGAGCGGUAUUCGAGGCUUGCAAGCCAAGAUGCAGGUACUCCGCGAAGAGACCAACAAAAGCUUAGAGGACACGGAGGAUGUAACCGAUCUCGGCCACUCUCUCCUAGUGCAAUACGACUCCAUUGGCGCAGACCUCAAGAGUUUGGUACAAGCUUGGGAAGCCGGCAAGAACGCACUGGCUCUAAAUAUCGAUCGCCAUGAACGCAGGAUCUCGCAAGCAUCAAGUGGACUACGCUCGCCAGUUCCAAGCCUAGGCGGCCUGACUGCUGUAGAUGAAGGCAGUCCGUCUGAUGCUCUGCGCGCCCUUAAUGGUGACUUGCUGAGUCCCCAUCAGAGUGCUCCGUCGAGCGAUCAAGGCAGCAAUUCCGACGACGAAGUGUUCGAAGCUAUUGCUAUACCCAAGACACGAGCCACUAUGUCGAGAGAAGAGCGGAUGCAGAAGAUCCAAGAGGACCGCGUUCGGCAAGCCUCGCUACGUGAGCAGCGAGAUGCGAGCACCAACAUGCUGAGAGAGUUAGAGUCUGUCAUCAAUCUCAGACCACAUCGAGUCUCAGCGCCCCCGGCCGGCGCUCAAAUUACGAGCCUUUGAAGCACCUUUUCCUUCUGUUUACACGUUCAAACUAACGACGGUCGUUAGAUGCCGCCUUUCUUUCGCUUGCUUUACUUCUUGGCGCGCAUUGGGUCUCAAUUUGAUUUUGGGCAUUUACGCUAUACCACUGCCGCGGUCGCAUUUACUUUCCUACACAUGUCUUGGAGUCGAAGGCUUAAUGUCUAUAACGCAUACCUCGUGGUCAGAACAUCCACACAGAAUAGUAAUGACAAAUAUCAAUACC